CUCGCUCCCUCUCCCGUAAUGAGGGGGCUGAGCUGUCCCUCCGAGGAGGGGGCCUGGUGUGGAUAAAAGAGACGAAAAAGCAGGGGGAGGUUUCCAAAAACAAAAUCGUCCGAGUCCCCUUCAGACGGCUGCAGGCACGGGGAGGAGGCGCGAAGGUGCCGCGGCAGUGCGAGCCCCACUGGAGUCGGAGCGCGGACACGAGGUUCGGGGCGCGCAACCCUCGCUCCGCGGAGAGCCGGACUCCCAGUCAGCCGCUUCGGGGCCCCCUAGACUCGGAGAAGCCGGGAGAGCAGCCCGGGGCGUCCCGCGCGCCGACCACAAAGCUCUUCGGGGUGCCCGCGCGCAUCGCUCUCCAGCCGCCCCCGCGCCAUGCCGCGGACCGAAGCCCGCAGCCCCGCGCGCGCCCUGUGGAACCCCUGGAGGGGCUUCCUGCCGCUCACCCUGGCUCUCUUCGUGGGCGCGGGUCAUGCCCAAAGGGACCCGGUGGGGAGAUACGAGCCGGCUGGCGGAGACGCGAAUCGACUGCGGCGCCCGGGGGGCAGCUACCCGGCAGCGGCAGCAGCCAAGGUGUACAGUCUGUUCCGGGAGCAGGACGCGCCUGUCGCGGGCUUGCCGCCGGUGGAGCGGGCCCAGCCGGGUUGGGGGAGCCCCAGGAGGCCCACCGAGGCGGAGGCCAGGAGGCCGUCCCGCGCGCAGCAGUCGCGGCGAAUCCAGCUACCUGCGCAGACCCUGAGAAGCACUCCCCUGGGCCAGCAGCAGCCGGCACCCCGGACCCGGGCUGCGCCGGCUCUCCCGCACCUGGGGACCCCACAGCGAUCCGGGGCUGCGCCCCCAACCCCGCCGCGAGGGCGGCUCACAGGGAGGAAUGUCUGCGGGGGACAGUGCUGCCCAGGAUGGACAACAGCGAACAGCACCAAUCACUGUAUAAAACCCGUGUGCCAGCCACCGUGCCAGAACCGGGGCUCCUGCAGCCGCCCUCAGCUCUGCGUCUGCCGCUCCGGCUUCCGUGGAGUCCGCUGUGAGGAGGUCAUUCCUGAUGAGGAAUUUGACCCCCAGAACUCCAGGCUGGCACCUCGACGCUGGGCCGAGCGUUCACCCAACCAGCGCAGGAGCAGUGUGGCCGGAGAGGACACCGUGGCCAGAGCACAGCCGCCUGCACCACAGUCACCGCCGGCCGGGACUCUGAGUAACCUCAGCCAGACCCGCCCUUCCCAUCACCACCUGGGGUUGUCCCGCAGUGUCCGACUUCACCCGACUGCCACAGCCAAUGGCCAGCUCUCUUCCAACGCCCUGCCCUUGGGACCAGGCCUGGAGCAGAGGGAUGGCACCCAUCAGGCGCUCCCUCCGGAGCACCCCUCAUCCCCCUGGGGGCUGAACCUCACGGAGAAAAUUAAAAAGAUCAAGAUCGUCUUCACUCCCACCAUCUGCAAGCAGACCUGUGCCCACGGACACUGUGCCAACAGCUGCGAGAGGGGCGACACCACCACCCUGUACAGCCAGGGCGGCCAUGGGCACGACCCCAAGUCUGGCUUCCGCAUCUAUUUCUGCCAGAUCCCCUGCCUGAACGGAGGCCGCUGCAUCGGCAGGGACGAGUGCUGGUGCCCCACCAACUCCACCGGGAAGUUCUGCCACCUGCCUGUCCCGCAGCCAGACAGGGAGCCUCCAGGGAGGGGCUCCCGCCCCAGAGCCCUGCUGGAAGCCCCCUUGAAGCAGUCCACCUUCACACUGCCGCUCUCCAACCAGCUGGCCUCCAUGAACCCUUCCCUGGUGAAGGUGCACAUUCACCACCCGCCCGAGGCUUCAGUGCAGAUCCACCAGGUGGCUCGGGUGCGGGGCGGGGCAGAGGAGGCCCUAGAGGAGAACAGCGUGGAGACCAGACCCCCGCCCCGGCUGCCUGCCAGCCCUGGCCACAGCCUCUGGGACAGCAACAGCAUCCCUGUGCGGUCUGGAGAGCCCACUCGGCCACGACCCCCAGCAGCACCCAGGCCUCGAGGACUGCUGGGCCGGUGUUACCUGAACACUGUGAACGGACAGUGCGCCAACCCUCUGCUGGAGCUGACUACCCAAGAGGACUGCUGUGGCAGUGUGGGAGCCUUCUGGGGAGUGACUUUGUGUGCCCCAUGCCCACCCAGACCAGCCUCCCCGGUGAUUGAGAAUGGCCAGCUGGAGUGUCCUCAGGGGUACAAGAGACUGAACCUCACUCACUGCCAAGAUAUCAACGAGUGCUUGACUCUGGGCCUGUGCAAGGACGCGGAGUGUGUGAACACGAGGGGCAGCUACCUGUGCACGUGCAGACCUGGCCUCAUGCUGGAUCCAUCGCGGAGCCGCUGUGUGUCGGACAAGGCCAUCUCCAUGCUGCAGGGACUGUGCUACCGGUCGCUGGGGCCUGGCAACUGUACCCUGCCUUUGGCCCAGCGGAUCACCAAGCAGAUAUGCUGCUGCAGCCGCGUGGGCAAAGCAUGGGGCGGCGAGUGUGAGAAAUGCCCUCUGCCUGGCACAGAGGCCUUCAGAGAGAUCUGCCCCGCCGGGCACGGCUACACCUACGCGAGCUCUGACAUCCGCCUGUCCAUGAGGAAAGCUGAGGAGGAGGAGCUGGCCAGGCCCCCAAGGGAGCAAGGGCAGAGGAGCAAUGUGGCACCGCCCGGCCCAGCAGACAGACAGCCGCUCCGGGUCGUCACGGACACCUGGCUUGAGGCCGGGACCAUGCCUGACAAGGGUGACUCUCAGGCUAGCCAGGUCACGACCGGUGUCACUCCUGCACCUGCCUGGGUCCCAGGGGAUGCCACAACCCCACCAAUGCCUGAACAGGGAAUUCCAGAGAUACAGGAAGAACAAGUGACCCCCUCCACCAAUGUGCUGGUGACCCUGAGCACCCCAGACAUUGACAGAUGUGCUACUGGAGACACCAACAUCUGUGGCCCUGGAACCUGCGUGAACCUCCCAGAUGGAUACAGAUGUGUCUGCAGCCCUGGCUACCGGCUGCAUCCCAGCCAGGCCUACUGCACGGAUGACAAUGAGUGUCUGAGGGACCCCUGCAAGGGGAAAGGGCGCUGCAUCAACCGCGUGGGUUCCUAUUCCUGCUUCUGCUACCCUGGCUACACGCUGGCCACCUCGGGGGCCACGCAGGAGUGUCAAGAUAUCAAUGAGUGUGAGCAGCCAGGGGUGUGCAGCGGGGGGCAGUGCACCAACACCGAGGGCUCCUACCACUGCGAGUGUGAUCAGGGCUACAUCAUGGUCAGGAAAGGACACUGCCAAGAUAUCAACGAAUGCCGUCACCCGGGUACCUGCCCUGAUGGGAGAUGCGUCAAUUCCCCAGGCUCCUACGCUUGUCUGGCCUGUGAGGAGGGCUACCGGGGCCAGAGUGGGAGCUGUGUAGAUGUGAAUGAGUGUCUGACCCCUGGGGUCUGUGCCCAUGGAAAGUGCACCAACCUGGAAGGCUCCUUCAGAUGCUCUUGUGAGCAGGGCUAUGAGGUCACCUCAGAUGAGAAGGGCUGCCAAGAUGUGGACGAGUGUGCCAGCCGGGCCUCAUGCCCCGCAGGCCUCUGCCUCAACACGGAGGGCUCCUUCACCUGCUCUGCCUGCGAGAGCGGGUACUGGGUGAAUGAAGAUGGCACUGCCUGUGAAGACCUAGAUGAGUGUGCCUUCCCGGGAGUCUGCCCCUCGGGAGUCUGCACCAACACAGCUGGCUCCUUCUCCUGCAAGGACUGCGGUGGUGGCUACCGGCCCAGCCCCCUGGGUAACUCCUGUGAAGAUGUGGAUGAGUGUGAAUACCCCCAGAGCAGCUGCCUGGGAGGCGAGUGCAAGAACAUGGUGGGCUCCUACCAGUGCCUUUGUCCCCAGGGCUUCCAACUGGCCAAUGGCACCGUGUGUGAGGAUGUGAAUGAGUGUGUGGGGGAGGAGCACUGCGCACCCCAUGGCGAGUGCCUCAACAGCCACGGGUCUUUCUUCUGUCUGUGCGCACCCGGCUUCGUCAGCACAGAGCGGGGCACCCGCUGCCAGGAUGUGGACGAGUGUGCCGCCACAGACCCGUGUCUGGGAGGGCACUGUGUCAACACUGAGGGCUCCUUCAACUGUGUGUGUGACGCUGGCUUCCAGCCCGCCCCAGAGAGUGGAGAGUGUGUGGACAUAGACGAGUGCACCAAUGACACCAUGUGCGGGAGUCACGGCUUCUGUGACAACACGGACGGCUCCUUCCGCUGCCUCUGUGACCAGGGCUUCGAGAUCUCCCCCUCAGGCUGGGACUGUGUGGACGUGAACGAGUGUGAGCUCAUGCUGGCGGUAUGUGGGGCUGCGCUCUGUGAGAACGUGGAGGGCUCCUUCCUGUGCCUCUGCACCAGUGACCUGGAGGAAUACGAUGCCCAGGAGGGGCACUGCCGCCCACGGGGGGCUGGAGGUCAGAGUAUCCCUGAGGCCCCAACAGGAAACUAUGCCCCAGCCCCCAUCCGCAUGGACUGCUACUCUGGGCAGAACAGCCAUGCACCCUGCUCCAGCGUCCUGGGCCGGAACACCACAAAGGCUGAAUGCUGCUGCACCCAGGGCGCCAGCUGGGGAGACGCCUGUGACCUCUGCCCGUCUGAGGACUCAGCUGAAUUCAGCGAGAUCUGCCCUAGUGGUAAAGGCUACAUUCCUGUGGAAGGAGCCUGGACAUUUGGACAGACCAUGUACACAGAUGCGGAUGAGUGUGUGAUCUUCGGGCCUGGUCUCUGCCCCAAUGGGCAGUGCCUCAACACUGUGCCUGGCUACGUCUGCCUGUGCAAUCCUGGCUUCCACUACGAUGCUUCCCACAGGAAGUGUGAGGAUCACGAUGAGUGCCAGGACCUGGCCUGUGAGAAUGGCGAGUGCGUCAACACGGAGGGCUCCUUCCACUGCUUCUGCAGCCCCCCGCUCACCCUGGACCUCAGCCAACAGCGCUGCAUGAACAGCUCCAGCAGCACGGAGGACCUCCCUGACCAUGAUAUCCACAUGGACGUGUGCUGGAAAAAAGUCACCAAUGACGUAUGCAGCGAACCCCUGCAUGGGCAUCGUACCACCUACACAGAAUGCUGCUGCCAGGAUGGCGAGGCCUGGAGCCAGCAGUGUGCCCUGUGUCCCCCCAGGAGCUCUGAGGUCUAUGCUCAGCUGUGCAACGUGGCUCGCAUCGAGGCGGAGCGGGAGGCUGGGGUCCACUUCCGGCCAGGCUAUGAGUAUGGCCCUGGCCCUGACGACCUGCACUACAGCAUCUAUGGCCCAGAUGGGGCCCCCUUCUACAACUACCUGGGUCCCGAGGACACCGUCCCUGAACCUCCCUUCCCCAACACAGCCGACCACCCAGGGGACCGCACACCCAUCCUUGAGUCUCCCUUGCAGCCCUCAGAACUCCAGCCCCACUAUGUGGCCAGCCAUCCAGAGCCCCCAGCUGGCUUCGAAGGGCUUCAGGCGGAGGAGUGCGGCAUCCUGAACGGCUGUGAGAAUGGUCGCUGUGUGCGUGUGCGGGAGGGCUACACCUGCGACUGUUUUGAGGGCUUCCAGCUGGAUGCGGCCCACAUGGCCUGCGUGGAUGUGAAUGAGUGUGAUGACUUGAAUGGGCCUGCUGUGCUCUGUGCCCAUGGUUACUGCGAGAACACAGAGGGCUCCUACCGCUGCCACUGCUCCCCGGGUUAUGUGGCCGAGGCAGGCCCCCCCCACUGCACUGCCAAGGAGUAGCAGUCAGGGGUCAGUGUGGCAACUAUCUGGAAACGGCCUCCAGUCACAGGCAGGGGCCUUGAGGCUGAUUUCCUAGCUGGGAAGACAGGCGUCGUCAGGCCAGAGGUUACCAAUCAGCCUUGCCUGCUUUCAUCUCUCCCAGCUUAGCCUCUGGCUGUGAGCUUCGGUCACUGCCUCUGUGCCCUUGCUUGGCUCAAGCACCACCAAUCGCUUUAAUGCUUCAGCCACUGCAUGAGGCCCUGUCCACCACCUGUCCUGGCCUUGCUAUGGGAUGCUUACCAAAGGAUGGCUUUCAUCCACCCUCCCAAGCUGUGCAAGCAUGAAAGGCCCCAUGGCCUCACACUGCAGACACCCCUUUCCAGCCACUAUCCACCAUCAUCCUGAUGAUCCCACAACUAGGACAGAGGCUACAUCUGCUCUGUGAAGGUCCUUCAGAAUCUGUGGAGCAAGAAAGGAUUUGGGGAAUCUUGGGGACUGACUCCAGUGCUCCUCCCAAGAACCAUCACUACCACUCAGCCAAUCUGUUCUGGGCCCUGAUUUUGCCACACCUCCAUCCUGUAGCCCAUUCUCUGGCCCCAAGGAGUGGCAGAAGAUCCCUUCACUCAGAGACACAAGACUGAUAGUAGCUUGUUGAGUGUAAGAGACACAAAUGAAGAAGAACAAAGAGCCUGAGAAAGCAGCAAGAGGACAUGAUGAAAAGUUUGUGGAGUUGAUGAGAAAGGGGAGCCAAGCCUUCAUAUGUCUAAAGAAAAUAUUCAGUAGCUAACAUUCAAAAUACACCCAGUGAUAGCCCGUGUGCACCAGCAGCAAGGGCUGCCAUGGGAUCGCGUACCCAUCUACAAUGACCUCUAUUACAUAAACAGUGCUUCUUACAGGAAACAAACCUCUUCUAGACUCUCCUUUUGUGAAAACCAGUUUGAUGUUCUAAAAGUAAAAAGUCUACUAUUUGGUAUGGUCUUCUUCAGAAGAAGCCAGAUUUCCAAUGUUGUUUUUCCCCUCUACUCAGAAGCACCUGCCCUCUUCCCUUCCGAAAACGACGGCAGGCAAUCCUCUGAGUUUACAAGCAGAGACUCACUCCAACCCAAGCUAGCUGGGAGUUCAGAACCAUGGUGGAAUAAAGAAAUGUACAUAUGGUC